UUAGCUUGAAGAAAUAUUCGUCAUGAUAAGAAAACGGGUUGAUUCUCUUAUCUUUUCUUAAUUUUAAAAUUCUUACUAACUAUAAAUUAACUUGGAUAUUAAAAAUGUAUCUUUUUACGAUUUCAGCGAUUUAUUUUUUAGUUCAAAUUUUUAAUGCAGGAGGGUCGCCGCCAAUGGGAUUUGACAAAACUUUUAAUGGAACGGCGAUGACUUCAUACUAUUUUUUCAGUCAUGAUUUAGAAACUUGGACAGGGGCCUUGGUAUCGUGCAAUAUGUUGGGAGGUUACUUGGCAGAAAUCAAUACAGAACCGGAAUAUGUGUUUGUAAAACAAGCAAGCAAAGAUCGUGAAGGUAUAAGCCGAUGGGUGGGUCUGAGUAACAAACGUCAGGGAAAUGUGUACGAGUGGGCAAUAAGUCACACUGUAUAUAACUCUACGGUAUUUAACAUGUGGGCUACCGGUGAGCCGGAUCACUACAAUGGGCAGAAAGACGAAAGUUGCGUGCUCCUUGAUAAAUUUGACGGCGAUGGUAAGACGCAUAAUUUUGAACUGGCUGACGUCAUGUGUGACCGAAGAGAGAAAUAUAUAUGCGAAUAUAAUCCACCACAGAUACCGACAUUGGCGUUUGGAAAGUAAAAUCGAACACAAUCUCUUCACUCUAAUAUCUAUAUGUAUAUAAUACAUAUUAAAAUUGAAACCGAAA